UCGCCGCCGUUGCGAGUCGGACUGAAAUCCCGGUUGGACAUCAUUACAAUCGGCUGUCUGUUUGAUAUUUUCCACCGUGGGAUUACCGUAAAAUAUUCCUCCGGUUCAGUUCUUACCGUGACGGGUUAAAUACCCCCCUGAAUCCGGCCGCUAACGGACACUCGGUGGAGGAUAAACCGGACUAAAAAUACCAGGAGAAGACGUUUGAACCCGGAGCAUCGGAGUGUGAGAACCGCUACAUGCUACGUGUCCAGUAGCAGCUGUUAGCCUGUUAGCUCCCAGAAACAGAAACAUGCCAGUUUUAUCUUUGAUAUCCUGAUCUACUGAACAAAUGUUGACUCAGAGAGAAGGCGACCAGCCGGAGGGUCUGAGUGGAGCUAGCUCACAGUUCUCACAGAGCAGCAGGGAGACAUUAAUGUGAGUUAGCGGCUGUUUUUAUCAAUUAAAAACUAGUUUUAAACAUGAUGUACUCAUCGAGGAGGAAACCUGUCCUCUACUUCAAAGAGGAGAGAAGGUUCCUGUCCGGUCGCUGCACGGUUUACAAGCUGUUUGGUCUCUGCAUGGUGCUGCUGCUGGUCUCUCUGCUGUGGCUGCAGCUCAGCUGUUCAGGAGACAUGUCCUCCGCCACGCACCAAGACAGACGCCUGCAGCAGCCGCCGCCCUGUCCCGCCGCCGCCGAUGGUGCUGACAGUCAGGACGACCCGUCCUGGGGUCCCCACAAACUGGCGCUCAUCAUCCCGUUCAGGGAACGCUUCGACGAGCUGCUGGUGUUCGUCCCCUUCAUGCACACGUUCCUCAACAAGAAGAAGAUCAGACACAAGAUCAUCAUCAUCAACCAGGCGGAUCACUACAGGUUUAACCGGGCGUCUCUGAUCAACGUGGGCUACCUGGAGAGCGGGAACGACACGGACUACCUGGCAAUGCACGACGUGGACCUGCUGCCCCUGAACGAGGCUCUGGACUACGGCUUCCCCGAGGAGGGCCCGUUCCACGUGGCGUCCCCCGAGCUGCACCCGCUCUACCACUACAAGACCUACGUGGGAGGAAUCCUGCUGCUCACCAAGAAGCAUUACCACAUGUGUAACGGGAUGUCGAACCGGUUCUGGGGCUGGGGCCGAGAGGACGACGAGUUCUACAGACGGCUGAGGAAAGCUGAGUUACAGCUCUUCAGACCAAGUGGAAUCACGACGGGAUAUAAAACCUUCCUCCACAUCCACGACUCGGCCUGGAGGAAGAGAGACCAGAAGAGAGUCGCUGCUCAGAAACAGGAGCAGUUUAAGGUGGACCCUGAGGGGGGUCUGACUAACCUGCGGUACCAGGUGGAGUCCCGUCAGGAUCUGACCAUCAGCGGCGCUCCGUGCUCCGUCGUCAACAUCAAGCUGGAGUGUGACCAGGAGCAGACGCCGUGGUGCGUCCUGGCGUAGAGGACGCACGCUUUAACGGUUCAUCUCACGGUGCUACACGGGUCCUUUCCACAGUCCUGGUCCUGGUCCUGGUCCUGGUCCUGGUCCUGGUCCUGGUCCUGCAGACUUCAGCGACUGAUCGGUGAAACUGGACGCGUUGAUCGACGGUACAAACUGACUUAUUGAUGAAUUUAAUCUGCACGCUAGACAGAAACAACCUGGAGCUGAAGAUUUCCUCUUUAUCAGGUACAUCUCAACAAUUAACUGUUUUACUCCUCAGAGAAACACUUUGAGAGGAUUAAAACCUCCUCGUGAUGGUUUCUUACCAUCAAACCGGUCAGUUAGAGACUUUAUGACUGACUGAACCUCAGCGGACGGAGACGCAGACUCACACAAACUGAACUGAAGCAGACGAGCGCGGCUGUUUGAAUCCUUAUUUCAGUGUUUGGUCCCUGCUGCAAGGUGAGAAUGCAAACUAAAAGACUGUUUUUUUUGUUUUUUUAAAACUGGGAUUGUGCAAAAGCAGCAGAGCAGAGCUGGAAAUGUUUCUGCAUCACACUGUUACAUCAGAGGUUUAUUGUAGCUUUGAAUCAUUUUAAACUCCACAAACAAACAAAAGUAUUUUGCAAAAACUCGACUACUAACGUCAAAAAUGUCAUGUUUUUAUUUUUCUGCUGCUGAAUCGUACAGAGAAAGUGUUUUUAUUUUAGCUUUUUUUUUUUUUUUUUAACAGUAUGCCCCUCUUGAACAGAUUUACAGACUUUACAGGUUUAACAGACUUUAUUUCUCAUAAUUGGGAUAAACUGAGGUGUUUCUGUUCUCUACAAAGUAAACUGAGCCAAACUGAACUGAAGUGCAGCAGAACUUCACCUUUAUUUCAAGUCAGGACAGAAAUUAUUCUAUCAAUUUGAUUUAUUUCAUGUUCAGAAGGAACCAAAGUACUCUGCAAACUAUUCAGUCUGCAGGAUAAACAGCUGCAACUAAUUAUUAUUUUCUUUAUCAAUGAAUAAACCUGAUUAUUGUGUCCAUUCACUUCAA